UCCCCAAAUCUUAUAUCCAAAUCACAACUCUAGUUCGACUUAGAUUCUUGGAAUUCACUUCAGUUGAGCAAAGCUCUUGAAUUUCUCAGAGAAAACUUUGAAUUUUCUGAGUUUUUUUUUUUUUUUCUUUUAGGUUUUCUUCUUCAGUUGAUUCUGAAUUUUGUGUGUAAAAAACCAUGGAUUCUUCAACAAUGCUGUACAACCAGCUCAAGUCAUCAGAACCCUUUUUCUUGUUGGCUGGUCCCAAUGUGAUUGAAUCUGAGGAGCACAUUAUGUAUAUGGCCAAAGCCAUCAAGAGUCUCACAUCAAAAUUUGGGUUGAAGCUGGUUUUCAAGUCGAGCUUUGAUAAAGCCAAUCGAACCUCCUCAAAAUCAUUUCGGGGUCCUGGCAUGAUUGAAGGCCUGAAGAUCCUUGAGAAGGUCAAAGUAGCAUAUGACAUCCCCAUAGUGACUGAUGUACAUGAAAUUGAACAGUGUGAACCAGUUGGCAGAGUUGCGGACAUCAUUCAGAUUCCAGCUUUCCUCUGUCGUCAGACAGAUCUCCUAGUCGCUGCUGCCAAGACUGGAAAAAUUAUCAAUAUUAAGAAAGGCCAAUUUUGUGCUCCCUCUGUCAUGGUAAAUUCUGCUGAAAAGAUCAGAUUGGCUGGGAAUGAAAAUGUGAUGGUUUGUGAGAGGGGAACUAUGUUUGGCUAUAAUGAUCUGAUUGUUGAUCCACGCAACUUGGAGUGGAUGAGGGAAGCUAAUUGUCCUAUUGUGGCAGAUGUCACACAUUCACUACAACAGCCUGCGGGGAGAAAACUGGAAGGCGGAGGUGUUGCCAGUGGAGGUCUUCGUGAAUUGAUACCAUGCAUUGCGAGGACAGCAGUUGCUGUUGGAGUGGAUGGAAUUUUCAUGGAGGUGCACAAUGAUCCUCUAAAUGCUCCGGUCGACGGUCCAACACAAUGGCCUCUACGCCAUUUGGAGGAACUGCUGGAAGAGCUUGUGGCAAUAGCUAGGGUAAGCAAGGGGAAGCAACGCUUCAACAUUGAUCUCACACCAGUCCAUGAUUAAGGAGCUCUUUGAGGCUUUUCUCAAGGGUGAUCGUUUGGAUAUUCACUCAACAUGGUAGGAGGUGAAGGCACCUUCUGAGUAGGCGACUGCUUGCAGGUUGGCGUUGUCUAUCUGCUUUAAACCAUGUAGACUGCAAUGCCCUUUUUCGGGUACUAGACCAGCUUUAUAUGUAUGUGAACCAAACCCAGAUCUUGUUGUGGAUCAAAUUUGUUCAUGUUGAGUGACAAGAAUUUACGAUGAUCGGGAAAUAUGUGAAUCUAAAUCCUAUUAAAAGUGACAUUUUAUUUUUAUAAUAAUAAAUUUUUUAUUUC